UCUCCUGUCCGCGACGUGCGAUCUCUCCGAACCCUACCGGUACUAACGUACGCGCCGCGUCCUAGACGCGACUCUUAACAUAUCCCUAGCGCUUAACCCUUCACAGACCCGUGUUAACCUGCGCUCCGUAGUAACGGUCAGUAUUCUUUCAAAGUCCUCCAAGUUUUCUCAGUGUUUUGGACUAAAAGCGCGUCAGCGUUAAAACUUUAAGGGCUCGUGUCCUGCAGUAAAUAAAGGAUUAUUUGGAUUGACGGAAAGUGUCUGAACUUCUCAAGUGAAGCGAGCCGCCUUCGCGUUUCAUUUGCAUCUGUCAAACAGAUUGUUGGUACAUCGUAAUAAGGAAUCAUCAAGAAGAUAAUAAAGCAUACACCGUUAAAUCUGUGACAACACGCAGAUUCUCCUGAAACUAUAACACGUGACCUGGAAAAUAUAAAAAUCUUACCUUGCCUGCAGUGCGUGCCAAGAGCCCCCGAGUCCCAGCCAUUAGAUUGAGUGGAGUGACCCCUGUCUGCCCACACGUAGCCCCGCCGCCACUAUUCCGCGCGACACGGACACUUCCAGCAUGGAACUGGAGAAAGCCCCCACUCUCCACGAGGAGGACUCAAAAGUCACCCUCACCAUCAGACUGAUUAUGCAGGGGAAGGAAGUUGGCAGUAUUAUUGGGAAAAAGGGAGAAAUUGUCAAAAGGUUUAGAGAAGAAUCAGGAGCAAAAAUCAAUAUAUCAGAUGGAUCGUGCCCAGAGCGCAUCGUCACAGUCACCGGCAACACAAGUGCUAUAUUCAAGGCCUUCACACUCAUAUGCAAGAAAUUUGAAGAGUGGUGCUCGCAGUUCAAUGAAGGCGGCGGCGGCGGGUCCCGCGCACCCAUCACGCUGCGGCUCAUCGUGCCCGCCUCGCAGUGCGGCUCGCUCAUCGGCAAGGGCGGCUCCAAGAUCAAGGAGAUCCGGGACGUGACCGGCGCCAACAUACAGGUUGCAAGUGAAAUGCUGCCGAACUCGACAGAAAGAGCCGUGACCAUCAGCGGGACGUGCGACGCUAUCACGCAAUGCAUUUACCACAUUUGCUGUGUCAUGUUAGAGAGUCCGCCUAAAGGUGCCACAAUCCCAUACAGGCCAAAGCCCAACGUGGCCGGGCCCGUCAUCCUAGCGGGAGGCCAGGCCUACACCAUCCAAGGGAACUAUGCUGUGCCUGCACAAGACGCGGUGUGCGCGCCCGUGUUCCCCCUGCUGGAGGUGAAGCCGCCGCUGGUGGGCGCGCUGCCGCCGCACCACCUGCUGCCCGCGCCCGUCUCCGCGCUGCACGAACACCACCUCAUGGGCGGGCUGGCCAAGUCGCCGCUGGCGGGGCUGGCGGCGCUGGGGCUGGGCGGGCUGGCGCCGGGCGGCGCGGGCGGCCUCAACCCGGCAGGUAUAGGCAAAACAGCACUGGCAGCGUUGGCGGGCUCGCAGCUGCGCACAUCCAACCAGUCGCGCAACCAGCCCGCCACCAACCAGCAGUCGCACGAAAUGACCGUGCCCAACGAGCUCAUCGGCUGCAUCAUCGGCAAGGGCGGCACCAAGAUCGCGGAGAUCCGGCAGAUCUCGGGCGCCAUGAUCCGGAUAUCGAACUGCGAGGAGCGCGAAGGCGGCAGCACGGACCGCACCAUCACCAUCUCCGGCAACCCCGACUCCGUGGCGCUGGCUCAGUAUCUCAUCAACAUGAGUGUGGAGCUUCAGAAGGCGAAUCUAGAGGGCUCCAGCAGCGGCGCCGCGGCCGGCUCCAGCCCGCUCGCCUCCGCCAUCCCGCUGGCGCAGCUGCUCACCAAGACCGGCGCGCUCGGCGCGCUCAACUCGCUGUCCGCGCUCGGCGGCCUCACCGACCUGCUGGCCGGCUCCGCGCCGCAGCCCGUGCAGACCACCGGCGUGCACCGCUCGCACAAGCCCUUCAACCGCCGCAGCGACGACGAGACCCCCACCAAGACCUCCAAAGAGCGGAACAAAUACAACCCCUAUUAGAUACGUGCGAGCUCGGUCUGGGUCUCGUCGUUACUCGGCACGCUAGGGUUAGGACGUUCGGCUGACGCGAUUAGAUGUCCGAUGUGUAGUCGUUCGAUUUUAAACUUAGUUUUUCGCUGUCGGAUUGUAGGUUUAUAUUUAUUUAUCAGCGUCGCAGAUUGUUAAUUCAAAAUGAAACAUAAAUCUGAUGCUGAUAAGCUAUGCAUAAACUUCGAGAUGCAAAAUGACAUGUAAUUCAUUCAUAAAGUGAACAUGCGAUAUUGCAGCUGUACAUUUUGUUAAAUGUAAAGAAAACUCAGCUUAAAAUCGAAUGGACCUUACUUUCGACGUUUCGUGGUCGAUUUGAUAGGACAAGAUGAAAUUGACGACCUGUUUCUUAAAUCACUCCAACUUCUGACGUAACCGAUGUUACGGGAACUGACAAA